AUGAACUCAAAGGUGGAAGGCCCCUCCGGGGUCCCGCGGGCCUUGCGGUACCAGCAACUGCUGCUGGCCGAGUCCGGGUCGGAGGGUGAGGAGGACACGGCGGCCCCCCUCUGCUCCGUCCCGCCCCGCCGGCGGAGGCCCCCCAGGGUCCUGGCCUGGGCCUCGGAGAGGGGCCGGGGGCAUUCGUUGGCCCGGCUGCUGGCCGCCCUCGUGCUCCUGGCGCUCGCUGUCUCCCUGGCACUGCGGCAGCUCCGGGCACAGGCCUCGGGAAAGCAGGAUCAGAGGGGCCGGACCAGGCCCUGGCACCAUCACGAAGCCGGGGUGUAUCCCCGCGGCGCCGUCAUCAGUCAGGCAGACACGUGCUCCCGCCUGGGCCGAGGCCUGCUGGUGGCCGGCGGAAACGUGGUGGACGCGGGGAUCGGGACGGCGCUGUGCCUGGGCCUUGUGCACCCCCACGUCACGGGGCUCGGUGCUGCUUUCUGGGGUCUCUUCCACAACGGCAGCUCCGGCCUCACCGUCGCUCUCACUCCGCCCCUGGCCUUGGCCCUGGCCCCCGGACUUGGCCGGCCCACCGCGCUGCCCGCUCUGCGCCUGCUGCAUCGGAGGCUGGGCCACCUGCCUUGGGCCCGUGUGCUUGCAGAUCCCAUUGCCAUGGCACAAAACGGGGUCUCCGUGGAUGCCGCACUGGCGGGGGCACUAGAGCAGUACGUGGCUAGUGGUCGGGGUGAGGGACUCUGCCCUCUGCUCUGCCACCCAGAUGGGACUCCGCUGGGCCCUGGCACCCGCCUGGUCAACCCGCAGCUUGGGGCCGUGUUGCAGAGGGCUGCUGGAGCCCCCGAGGAAGACGACCAGUUCCAGGACGCGCUGCUCCGUCCCUUGGCGAGAGACCUACCUCUGGCUGGCAGGUCUCCGUUCGCGACCUCGCCCGACGCCCUGCCCAGCCUACAGCCUGCUCUGAGCUUGCCACUGCGCCAGGGUUGGCUGUUCACCACCCCGGUGCCAGUCACUGGGGCGCCUCUACUGAACCUGCUGAGUGGGCUGAGGGAGGCAGGGCCCGAUGCCGACCCUUGCCCUCAAGCCUUGGAGGCCGCCCAGCUCGCCUACGCCUCCGCCCCCUCCGCAGCCCCCGCGGGGAGCUCCCUGGCCGCCAUGGACAGCAGCGGCUCUGUGCUGCUCCUCUCCUCCUCCCUCAACAGCUCCUUCGGCUCCGGGCUCCUGUCUCCGGCCACCGGGCUCGUGCUCAGUGAUUUUGAGGGGGAGGCAGCUACACAUUCAUGGACCUCUCCCGCGCUGCUCUGCUGUGGGCCCGAGGAGGACGUGCUGGGGGUCGUGGCUACGGCGGGACCCGCUGCUCCCUUGGCCGUGGCCCAGACCCUGCUCAGUCACCUGGUGUUGCAGCAGCCCGCCCAGGAUGCUGUUGCCAGCCCCCUGCUCCGACUCCAGCUGGGCUCCGGAGGGUUUCCCAGCACCUGUACCGUCGGCGCUCCUCUCUCCGGUGACGUCGUCCCCCCGGCCGGGCAAGCUCUGCUCCUGGUGACCUCCCGAGCGGAGCACGUCCGAACCACGGCUGUACCCGCCCACUGCUGCCCUUCAGAAGGGUAUUAAAAUUCUGGGGUUUGGGGUACGGCCCAGCGGCAGCUUGGAGACUGUCCAGAGCAGAGAAGGGCUAGAAGGAGACAGGACAGGGGGCUCAGUUGGCUCUCCCGAGGAACUCCCGCUCCUGGGGCUUGGCGGACCGUCUGCGCUCCUCUGCCAGCCCGUCACAGGAUGAGGCUAGAGGAGCCAAGAGGGCGAAGCCGAGGGCCCUUGGGGAGGGUGGUCCAUCUCAGGCCUAAGGUCGAGCCGCCAUAUUCAGGAUCUCUGGCUCCAAGUCGGGGAGAGGGGUGCUGGAGCAGGGAUGGGAGAUCUUCUGCCAUGCGCCCCGCCAGGGACAGCAGCUCUCUGUGGGUCUCGGGCCUUCUGGAAAAUAAGGCAUCUGAGGGGAAAGAAGGGAGGCCUCGGGCGAUCGGCCAGCCUCCUCUCCAAAUCCUCGGUGUUGCGGUCUCAAUACCAACCUCUUCAGGAGGCUUGGUCUGUGUCUGUCUGACGGUCUCCACGAGCUGAAUUAAACUGAGUGUGUGGA